UCAAUGUCUUGACAUAUCAGUGAUCACUGGGAAAUGAAGGAAAAUGCUUUAAAGAAGGAUUUGUGAUGUUUUUCUGAACCAGGCAGCAGAUCUUUUUGAUUCUUGUGGUUAUUUUUAAACCAUUGUUUAGAAAGUAGAAGAGUAGUGUCUGAAACUCGCACACUGAAAAUGGAUUUGCUAACUAAAGAAGAACUUUCUUGUCCUGUGUGUUAUGAAAUUUUCAAGACUCCUGUUAUUUUAUCAUGUAGCCACAGUUUCUGUAAAGAGUGUCUUCGACAGUUCUGGAGAAUCAAAGAAACUCAAGAAUGUCCUGUCUGCAGGAGAAGAUCCUCAAAACCUGAUCCUCCUCAUAAUCUUGCAUUAAAAAACUUGUCUGAGUCGUUCCUGAAGGGGAGAAAUGAGAGGCGUUCAUCAGGAUCUGAGGAGAUCUGCAGUUUACACAGUGAGAAACUCAAACUCUUCUGUCUGGAGGACAAACAGCCUGUCUGUUUAGUAUGUGUUAACUCACAGAAACACGUCAAUCACACAUUCAGACCUAUAAGUGAAGUUGUUCCAUCAUAUAAGGAGGAGCUCAAUACAGCACUGAAAUCCUUAAAAGAGAAACGUAAACAUAAAGAAAACAUUAAAGGAAAGUUUGAGAAAACCGUUCAACACAUCAAGUCUCAAGCUGAGCACACAGAGCGUCAGAUUAAACAGCAGUUUGAGAAGCUUCAUCAGUUUCUCAGAGAUGAAGAAGAAGCUACAAUGACUGCACUUAAGGAGGAAGAGGAGCAGAAGAAGCAGAUGAUGAAGGAGAAGCUGGAGGAGAUCAACAGACACAUCUCAGCUCUUUCACACACAAUCAAAGACACGGAGGAGAUGAUGAAAGACAAUGACGUCUGCUUUCUAAAGAGGUUUUCGGUCACAAUGGAAAGAGUCCAGAUCUCAUCACAGCCGGAUCCACAGACACAUUCUGGAGCUUUGAUUGAUGUGUCACGUUACUUGGGGAACCUGGCCUUCAGAGUCUGGAAGAAGAUGCAGGACAUUGUCCAAAACAUUCCUGUGAUUCUGGAUCCAAACACGGCUCAUCCAGAUCUCGUCCUGUCUGAUGAUCUGACCUGUGUGAGAAACAGCAGGAACAAUCAACUGCUUCCUGAUAAUCCAGAGAGAUUUGACUGGUAUCACUGUGUUCUGGGUUCAGAGGGUUUUAACUCAGGAACACACAGCUGGGAUGUGGAGGUUAAUGACAGUUCACCCUGGGGUCUUGGAGUAACUACAACAUCAAACCAAAGGAAGGGAUAUGAUUUCUUUGACACUGAUGUCUGGAGUGUGGAGUACGAGCUGCCUUUAGGGUCUGGUUUUCCUGUUGAACAGGAUCUUAAGCGUGUGAGAGUUGAUCUGGACUAUGACGGAGGAACGGUGUCAUUCUCUGAUCCUGUAACUAACACCCAUCUACACACAUUCACAACCACCUUCACUGACACAGUCUUUCCAUUCUUCUGGUGUUAUGAUAGAUUUACCUGUCUGAGGAUUUUACCAGUUAAACUGACGUAACUUGUGCUUACAUUGCGUUCCAAAUUAUUAUGCAAGUGAUAUAUCAAUAAAGAGUCAGAUUUUUGUUUGUGUUGUUUUUCACAUCUUUUUAGUUAACUGGUAUCAAUCUCAGACAGGUUUGUUCAAUAGUUUGCCAGUUCUUCUUAGGUAAAUGGAAACCCUACUUAAAGAGGUUGUUCCACAUUAUUAAGCAAGUCAAAAUUCUCAUGAAAUAUAUGGUGAGGAAGAAAGAUCUUUCUGAAGAUGAAAAGUAUGAAACAAUGCAAUGUCUUGCAAAAGGCAUCAAAACAAACAAUAUUUUGUGAAAAGCAAAUGAAAAUGAUUAAACUGUCAAAAGAUUUGUGAGUGACUUAGAGCACAGAAGAUCUUGGUCAGAUAAAGAUUUAUUAAGGAAAGUUUUUGUCAAACAAAUGAACUGUAUUGUAAUACCAGCUGUAAAAAAGCCACUGCUGAGCAGCAAACAGUGUUUAAAGCUACUGGAGUGUCAAGAUCCUCUUCAUGCAGACUGGCAGU